UAUUGUGCUGUUUUUCAUUUUCUCUAAGUGAAGUUUGCACUAUUCUCAACAGCUGUAUUAGAAGAAUCUCUGCACACAGGGCAGAACAGUGCCUUGUCCCCAGGGAAAGGAACUAUUUCAGACACUAAGGAGUCAUCUAACAUGCUUGAACAUAAUUCUGCUGUUGCUUUCUUUAUUUUAAAGACAGCAGCCUAAAUUUCUUUCUUUUGCAGCUGGAGAUUAAAUGGCACCAAACAGAAUCUACUGUUAGAUUAGAUUACCAGAUAUUUUGGGACAGAACACAUCCUUGACACCUGGCUGCACACCACAUUGCCCAGUUUAAAGGAUAGAAAGCUGGUUCAAGAAGAGCAGGCAUUAAUUUUUGCCCUGGAAUCACCACAGCAACAACUGUUACAAAAGGAUACAGCACUAUAAAGGGGAAAUGCAAAAAGCAGCAGUACUCUGUUAUCUUCUGCUUGUUUCUCUGUGUUUUGCUGUUGUUCAAAAUGGACACAAUGGGAUGCCUAGGAGAGCAAGGAGGAGAAUGCGCUAUAGAGGGUUAAGAAAGGACUCCUCAGCAAAUCAUAGACCAAACAAGCAACUGCAGAUCAAAACUGCAUUCCCUACCACUCCAGCACCAAGCAUUCCACUUAUUAAUAUUGACGGCGAGAUUACUGAAGUAUUUGACUCUCUAAUAGGUCUGGAUGGACAAGAAUCCAGUUACAGUAUUUUACCAGGAAAGGAAGGACGCUGUUUUGCUAAUGGGAUGAUUAUGUUUGAUAAGGCUGUGUGGUCUCCCAAACCCUGCAUUACAUGCCUCUGCUCACAAGGAAAGGUUUUGUGUGAUGAAACUUUGUGCCAUCCUCUGGCAUGUCACAAUCCCAAGAUACCUGAAGGAGAGUGUUGUCCAGUGUGUAUGGAUCUUGGUGACACAUAUGAAUUUUCCGGUGAUUCCCCAGAACCCAAUGACCGUAGUUAUCCGGUCUUGCAUGAGCGGCAAACACAAGAUCAAAGGGAUGAAAAGGAGGGGAAACAACUUGAAAAGAAAGCAAAUAAUAGAAAAGAUAAAGAGAACAGGAGGAGGAACAGAAUAAAAAGCCAUGAACAAAGGAAAAAACAAAGACACGCAAAGGAUCAGAUGGAAAAGGAGAAAAUGAGAACAGAGGAAGAAAAAAGAAGAGCAUAUGAAGGAGAAGAGUUAAGAAUUGAAAAAGAACUCAAGAAAAAAAGAGAAAAAAACAAAGAGCAGGAAAGUGAACAACAUGAAAGAAGGGAGGAAGAGGAAGAGGUGGAGAUUUUGCGUGGUGAUGUGUUUAGAAUGCCCCCUCAUUUCUCAGUUUCUGAGCCUUCUACUGAAACUCCUCCUUUGCCAUCUGGAUGCUCCAUCAUGGACAACACAGUAAGCUGUGUUAAUACCAAACUUAAACAAAUACCACCAAUCAUGGAUGCAGAGCUUACAAGCAUAGAGCUUGUAGGGAAUACUAUAACUGCCAUCCCAGAUGAAGCUUUUAAUGGGAUUCCUAAUUUGGAAAGGAUUGAUCUUCGUAAAAAUAAUAUCACCUCAUCUGGUAUAGGACCACAGGCAUUUAAAAUAUUGAAGAAUCUGCAGCGUUUAUAUAUGGAUGGAAAUGCACUAGUACACAUUCCGAAUGGUUUGCCAUCAACUUUGGAAGAACUUAAAAUAAAUGAAAACCAACUACAUGCAAUUGAUGAAGAUAGCUUUGAAGGUUUAGAAAAGUUGGUGACACUAGAAUUGGAAGGCAACAAACUUAGUGAAGCAAAUGUCAGUCCACUAGCCUUCCAACCUUUGAAGAGCCUCUCUUAUCUACGCCUUGGACAAAAUAAAUUUAGGACUAUUCCACAGGGUCUUCCCAAUUCUAUUGAGGAAUUAUAUCUUGAUAAUAACCAAAUUGAAGAAAUUACAGAAGUUUGCUUUAACCAUACCAAAAAUAUAAACACAAUUGUUCUAAGACACAACAAGUUAGAAGAAAGCAGAAUAGCUCCUUUGGCAUGGAUCAAUCAUAAGAACUUGGAAUCAAUUGAUCUUUCUUACAAUAAGCUAUAUCAUGUUCCCUCAUAUCUGCCGAAGUCGUUAGUACACCUUGUACUUAUAGGGAAUCAAAUUGACAGAAUUCCAGGAUUUGUAUUUGGACAUAUGAGGCCAGGUCUGGAAUAUCUCUACCUUUCAUUUAACAAACUUGAUAAUGAUGGAAUUGAUCCUGUGUCAUUCUAUGGGGCGUAUCACUCUCUAAGAGAAAUGUUCUUAGAUCACAACCAACUGAAGUCUGUGCCACUUGGAAUUCCAGAAAUGAGAUCAUUAAAUUUUCUGAGGCUCAACAACAACAAAAUAAGGACAGUCCCUCCAGAGCGCAUCUGUAGAACUAGGUCGGAUAAUGAAGAGGAGGAAGAGGAAGAGGAUGACAGUGAAGAGGAUAAUGAUUAUGAAGAUUCACAAUUAGAACACCUUCAUCUUGAAUAUAAUUACAUCAGUACAAAGGAUCUUUCACCAUAUGCUUUUUCAUGUGUCAGAACAUAUUCUAGUGUGGUUUUGAAACCUCAGAAGAUCAAGUAAAAGAAUUGCUUUCCACCAGAAAUCCUAUUUUUGUAUGUAAAUAAAAUAGUUAGAAUAUUUGUUCUCCAACAGCAAGAAAGCAACAUCACAACUUAUGAAAAGUACCUGAGCACUGUUAUUGCACAAUAUUAUUUAUUAUUAAUAAAGGAUGAGAUGUAACUAUAGGAAUAUCUCCAGGAAACUGGCAGUGUAUAUGAUUUAGAAAUAUUACACCUGCAGCCUAUUUUUCACUUAAAGUAAGAUAAGAUGUUAUAUGCUAAUACACAUUUAAAUGACAAUGUGAUAAGGGAGCCCAAUAAAAGUUAGUUGAAAUUAUUCUUAAAGAGUUGAUUUGAUAAAGACAACCUUUAACGGGCUCCUGCUGGGAGGCAGGGCGGAAUAUAAAUAAAUAAAUAAAUAAUAAAAUAACGGAAUGAAUUAUAAUCCUACAAUCACUGAGGUGCUUGUGUGUGGAGUCACAUUUCAAAAUAAUUUGAAAAUAAUAGGAAAGUACUGUAAAAUGUACAUAGAAAUCAAGACAGUACCCAAACUAGAACAUUUGGGUCCUCUACACAAAUGGCAUUAAAUGCCACCCCUUGCUGUUAAGCAUUUUUCAUAAUUUAGAUGUCUACUAGUUUACUAUAGUCCAAAGCUAGGCAACUUGCAUUUAUAAUAAUAGGAGUAGAUAACAAAAGUAUACAAUUUUUGGUUGCCUCCUCAUUAGCAAAUAUGAAGGAAAGAUUCUUCACAGGAAGUCAUUCCACACUAUUUCACAUCACAGUAUCAAAGCUGUCAUAGAACUGUGAACAAAAAUAUAUGUUUCAAAGAUACAGAACAAGCACUACAAAAAAUAAAUAAAUCACUGACUGCACUCAAGGUUGUUUGAGGAAAUCCAAAGCAUGUUCAAUGCAAACAAGCUGAAUCAGAAGAGCUACCUCCCAACAAAUUUGUGUUAACUGAGAAGGUGACAAGAAUGAAUUACAUUACUAUGAUGUAGCAACUCAAUGGCUUUUUCCACUAAUUUACAAUCCAGAUAAUGAACUGAGACUUUGGAAAGCAGUCAUAGGGUGACACAGUUGUUCCAGUGUAAACAUUCUCAGUUCCAGCUGUAGAAACUGCUGCUGAAAUAAUCAAAUGUGCAUGUUCUAAAAUGAUAUUGAUUGACAACAGUCUUUUCUAAAUUUGGAGGCUUAUUCCAUAUAUAUAAACCUUGCUAUGGCUGCUCUCACUGAAGAGGAAGGAGAGAUGGCUCUAGAGUCCUGUCAGGCACUAGAUAUCUUGCUACCAUCUCUUUUUCCAGUAACAUGUUCUCACUAUUCAAGGUGUAUGACCAGGAACUCUGGUUUUAGUACUUCCUACUGCCAACUAGCAUUUUGUAUUACCCAUUCACUCCAUUAUGCAGCAGGGAUACAUUGCCAGGCUUUAUGGCACAUGAUCUUUUGCGACAAAACAAACACCAGCAAAACACACUUCAGUUCAAAAGUAAGCCACUGGCCACGUACCCAGGAAUUUGCUCACUUUGACAAUGGGACACGUAGAAGGGAGGAAAUAAGAGCAAUUAUGUAUUCUAGCGCAAGUUGCAAUAGGAUUUGUGACAUUUCCUCCCAUCACACUAUAUGUUUAAAGUUGCAUCACUGUGGGCAAAAAUACGCUUCACUAUUUGCUAACAUGUAAUCUCCAUGAGAAAUGCAUUUUACUGAGUUACUGUGUCACAUUUGACUCAACAGCUCCAAAGCUAGGGGGAGUGCAACAGAGUAAUAUUAGGACUACUGAAAUUUUGAAACAGGAAUGGGGAACCUGUGGCCCUCUACAUGUUGGUGGACUAUAACUCCCACCUUCUCUGACCAUUGUCAGGCUGAUGAGAGUUCAACAACAUCUGGAAGAUCACAGGCUCCUCACCCCUAAUAUAAAGGAAAAGGAAAGGUAUACUGGUCUUUUUGUAAUUAUUAAACUGUUUUGAGGUUGUUCUCUUUCUCUGAUCUUUCACAUUUUUCUUUCAUUCUCACUUUAUUGUGCACCUUGGCAGAAUGGCAUAUAGCUAAGGAUUGCUUCAGAUAUUACAUAGUGGUAUAUGUAUGUUUUCCAGGAAAUGUACAUGGAAUGGGGAUUAUAGCCAAUCAUGGGUCCCUGACUCAUGUAAUGCAUAUGUUUGCAAUCGUGUGUGUGCAUGCAAAUGUGUCUACACGUACUUCAUAUACAUACAGAUGUAAAAUCAAAUAGUUACUGUAAACCGCCCAGAGAGGUUUGGCUAUGGGGCAGUAUAUAAGUACAAUAAAUAAAUAAAUAUGAGAAGCCACUGUCUGUCAGUUAAAUAACAUAAAAUAAAUCUUCAUCAAAUACUAAACUAUAGUGUUUAGCUUUAGAAGUACCAUUGUUAGGUAACAAUACUACAUGUGUGAGAU